AUAUAUUCCCGGCCUGUGCAUAUCCGACUGCUUAGUUGUUGUCUCUUCAGCCAUGGAAACCACAACGCCGAUUGCUCUCAGAAUGCUCGUUUUCGGCCUCCAUUUAUGGCUCGCUGCUCUCUCUUUCACUCUCUGCGAUGCGAGAAGAUCAAUGAAAAGACCCACCAAGAGAACAAUACACUUGGCCGACACCGGCAAUGCCGAGCCGGAAUUAAUGGAUGCCUCCAACUCGGGGCCGUACGGAGUGAGUUCGCCCUUCUCCAUGCCGCCUUAUGACUCUCUUGCUCCCAUUCCCUUGCCAGAAAAUUCCCCUCCAUCUUGUAUCUACCCGCCAUUUACCCCACCUGGUACCACCGUCCCGUUGCCACCGCCAGCCGGCGGCGGAUACACACCGCCACUCCCACUCCCACCACCGGCCUCCACCACACCAACGCCCACACUACCCUACCCAAGCCCACCGGAAUCUUUUCCCAGCCCGACGGAGCCCGGGCUGGGCCCGCCAUCGCCGACCAUUUACGUGCCCAGCCCGGAGUCGCCGACCAUUUACGUGCCGAGCCCGCCGUCGCCGUCCAUUUUUGUGCCGGGCCCGCCGGUGUUUGAGCCACCAGUUGUGUAUCCGCCGCCGACGGUGCCUCCGCCGAGAGGAAAAACUCCGAGCGCAGGCGCCCUGUGGUGCGUCGCGAAGCCGUCGGUGCCGGACCCCAUAAUUCAAGAGGCCAUGAACUACGCUUGUGGGUCCGGAGCAGACUGUGAUUCCAUUCUGCCGAGCGGCUCGUGCUUUCAGCCGGACACGCUGUUUGCUCACGCCUCUUAUGCCUUCAACAGUUACUGGCAGAGAACUAAGGUGGCCGGCGGCAGCUGUGAUUUUGGCGGCACCGCCAUGCUCGUCACCGUGGAUCCAAGCUAUGAUGGGUGUCGCUUUCUCUUAUUCUGAGGCUGCACAAAACUGCCGCUUUAUCUUUAUCUGAUCAAAGUUCUAAAUAAAAAGCAAAGCAAUGCGAUGGGGAUGAACACACACACACACACACAUAUAUAUAUAUGUGGCCACAGCAUGCAUGGACUGCAAAUUAAGCCCCAAGGUUGGAUUCCAAAUGCUCCAAACAUUCUUCAAUUCAAACUGCAAAUUUUGUAUCUAAACAUAUAUAUACAUAUCACUGAAAUUGAAGAUUAGAUUUUUCCUUUUUUUUUGCUUUUAAAUCUCUAUCUGGGCUGAUUAAUUAAGCUCUCCUCCUCUGUCCCUUUCUGUGUUUAUAUAAACACUUUAAUAUAUAUAUAUAUAUACAUGCAUGCACACUCAUAAAGUUGGAGUUGGAGGGAGUGACAGUGAUGGAAAUCCAUUAGCAGCCAAAAGAAUUCAAUUAUAUUGAUAAAGCAAGGUGGGCUUAUAGAGCAAGCAA